AUGCCCGUCGAAAUCAGCCUCAACACGCCCCUGGCGGAGGCUUUGAAUGCUGUCAUCCAACCCAAGCUUGUCGAGGUCGGAUGGGGAACUGGCGGUGCCGACGACUCCGCUCUAGCAGAGUAUAUCAUCCUCAUGCUGGUGAACGGAAAGACGCAGGAUCAGAUCGCUUCCGAACUUUCAGGAGACCUGCUUGGCCUUGGAUCCGACGACCCUAGCACCCGCGAGUUUUCUCAGUGGCUGUUUGAACAGAUCGACGCUCUCAGUGGCCAGGCCAACGGCGGCAGCAAUGCCGGCCCCAGCGCAAAUCAAGAUGGCACAACAGAAGGAGAGAUGGAUACCGAUAUGAACGCAGGUGAUGCGUCAGAAUUGAAUGCACCCACUGGCCCACGCUCAAUGCGAAACGGCAACCAGCGAGGCGGACGAGAUAAGCGCAUGUUUGGACAGAUGAAUAAGGCGAUGGACAGACCUGGCGAUUCCGCUCUUCACCGCGUCCGAGGUCAGACCGGAGGCGAGCGCAUCAACACUCACGGCCGAACACCACCCACCGGUCCCAGAACAGGCCGAGGUGGAAUGGGCCGAAACAACAACCGCGGCGCCAACAUUCAAGCUGGUCUCGCCGGUAUGGCUGCCGGUGGUCCCCAGCCAUGGAUGAUGCAGGGUGGUCAACCGAACUCUGCCGAACUCGUUGCCAUGCUCGAACAACAAAACCAGAUGAUGUUCCAGCUAUCACAACAACUCAUGGGCAAUGGUGGUAACCAGGGCGGAUUCGGACAACAGCGUCGUGGCGGAAAAUCACUACACGAUCGUACACAAUACCCCGGCAGAGGUAACUACCGCAAGGGCUUUAACGAUCGACAGGGCGGUAGCAACACUGCUGGCGAGGGCGAGGGCGACGAUGUAAGCAUGUCUGGAGAGCCACGCGAGCCACCGAACCCCGACGAUACGGUAUGCAAGUUUAACUUGCGCUGCACCAACAAGGAUUGCAAGUUUGCACACCAGUCACCCGCGGCCCCCCCCGGAGUCUCAGUUGACGUCAACGACAACUGCAGCUUCGGUGCUGCCUGUAAGAGUCGCAAAUGUGUUGCGCGACAUCCUUCACCGGCGGCUCGUCUUGCACACCAAAGCGAGCAAGACUGCAAAUUCUUUCCCAAUUGCCAAAACCCUCAGUGCCCCUUCAAGCACCCAUCGAUGCCUCUCUGCCGGAACGGUGCCGGCUGCACAAACUCUGACUGCAAGUUUACACAUGUCAAGACCAAAUGCAAAUUCAACCCGUGUCUCAACCCCAACUGCGCCUUCGCGCACGAGGACGGACAGCAAGGAGGCUUCAAGGAUAAGGUCUGGACCGCUGGCGAGACUGCUGAGCACGUUAGCGAGAGGAAGUUUGUGGAUGAUGGCCCCGAGGAGCUCAUCAAGGGGGAGGAUACUGAGGUCAAGCAAGAGGCUGAUGUCAUCGGCUAA